CAGCGGCUUGCAGAAAAAGCUGUAGAAAGAAAAAAAGCGUGUGCACUUGGAACCCAUUGGAAGUCUAGGAAAACCCACGGAGAUGAGAAAACAGGUUGAAGGAAGGAACGAAAAGGGAAUAAGGGAAAGUGUAGUAAAUACAAAAACUUGAGACAAUUACGACAAAGUGGAAGUAGGAAUCGCAAACGAGACAAGUAGUGGGGCUACGAUGUAGCGAAUGUUGAACAGAGAUAUUCAUGUAAUUUUUGUGCAUGCGACAAGAAUAGACAAUGCGUGGAAAGGGAAGGCAUGAGAGUGAGGGUAGAGGGAGUUGGCAAGCGUGCGCGUGAAAGAGUGGGGGAAGUAGAAAGAGAUAGAGAAUGCGAUAUACUCUAUCAUGUUGGUUUGAGAGAGAGAGACUGAUUUUGGUCGCCGUGUAUCGAUCGUCGCGUUGAAAACUACCCCUCGAGUCGGAAGCGCAGUGUGCAAAACCGACUACGUACGAGUCGUUGGUGCUCGUGGUGAUCGCGGUCCACGCGGAACUCUACGCUUUAGGCUCCUAGAGUUUUCACUUGCGUGUUCAUCGCGAUUUCCUCAGUUGUGGACUAUCCACGGCACAGAUCAUCAACGGUUUUAAAAGUGCCGCAAGGACGUGUAUAAGGCUUCCUGCUUAUUUCUGUCUAGAGAGAGAAUAGAAGUAUCAUCAUCAUCACUAUGGCGUUCGCAGGGUUAAAAAAACAGAUUAACAAAGCAAAUCAGUACAUGACAGAGAAGAUGGGCGGAGCGGAAGGAACCAAGCUCGACGUCGACUUCAUGGAUAUGGAGAGGAAAACGGAUGUCACGUAUGAGCUGGUGGAGGAGUUACAAAUGAAAACGAAAGAGUUCCUUCAGCCAAAUCCAACUGCAAGAGCGAAGAUGGCCGCGGUCAAGGGUAUCAGUAAGCUCAGCGGUCAGGCAAAAGCCUCGACUUACCCCCAACCAGAAGGUGUUCUCGGCGAUUGCAUGCUUACUUAUGGAAAGAAAUUGGGAGAGGAUAGUAUUUUCGCUCAGGCUCUGGUUGAAAUGGGCGAGGCGAUGAAGCAGAUGGCGGACGUGAAAUAUUCUCUGGACGACAACAUUAAACAAAACUUCCUGGAGCCUCUACACCAUUUACAGACCAAAGACUUGAAAGAAGUAAUGCAUCACCGGAAAAAGCUUCAGGGACGAAGGCUGGACUUCGAUUGCAAGCGGAGACGUCAAGCGAAAGCAACUGGAAAAAGAUCAGCCAGUCCUCAUUUUGGAAGUCCAGUGAAGUCUUCUUCACCAUACACUGGUUCUCACGUUUCAGACGACGAAAUUCGUCAAGCAGAAGAGAAAUUUGCAGAGAGUCUCCAUCUGGCACAAUUGGGCAUGUUCAACCUUUUGGAAAAUGAUGUUGAACAAGUGGCACAGUUGGCAACAUUUAGUGAAGGUCUCCUGGAGUACCAUCAGCAGUGUACUGAGAUUCUAAGAACACUAACAGAGACACUUUUGGAGAAGAAAGACGAGGCAGCGAACAAACCAAAAAUGGAAUUUAUACCGAAGACAUUGGCCGAUUUACACGUCGAUGCAUUACCUACAUCGGAUGCUAUGAACGGUGGGAACUUCUCCUUCCACGGGGCAAGUCGAGCCGGGUCUCCGAUUCAUGGGGAUGGGAAGCGCUCGCAGCUCGAGCUAUUUCCAGCCGGAAACCCGCCACAAUCUGCCAAUGCUUCGCCCUUGCCAUCUCCGAGCAAAUCGCCAGCCAGGACUCCGAUAACAAGACAACCUUGCUGCACAGCUUUGUACGAUUUCGAGGCAGAAAAUCCUGGAGAACUCGGCUUUAAAGAAAACGAUACGAUCACUUUGACCAAGAAGAUUGACGAGAACUGGUUCGAGGGUAGCCUGAACGGUCGUACGGGUUAUUUCCCAGUAACUUACGUGCAAGUCGUAGUGCCAUUACCUUAAGAAGACGCGGUGCGUCUCGAAACCAAAGACCCUGCAUUCGUUCAUCAGCGUUUACCACGAGGAUUACCUUAAAUUAACAAACAAUUAGCCUAAAAAUCUCUCUUUCAAGAUUACUCUCUUCUCUACUGAAAUCACUUAUUGCGUUAUGGUUCGCUUAUUCGAGACGGAUGAAUCCUCAAGUUCUACUUUAUUCACUUAUUUUAUUCCUUUCCUUUUGUCCCCAGGAAUAGCUCUAUACGCAUGUUAAUGUACAUAUAUAAUGUUAUAGUGUCUUUUAUCGACGUAAGGACCUUCGCGCGCGCAGAUACAUAUAUAUAUAUAUAUAACACAUGACUUACAGUACUACAAUUAAGUAUGAAUACACGUAUACACGUACACGAGAUAUACAUGUACACACAAUAUUAUACAUCAUAAAGUACCUACGAUGGCAGUCCACUGUCAAGGGCGGCUCUUUUCUCACUUUUUAAUGUCGCCUCAUGUGUCAUCGAUUUAAUAUCAUUAAUUUCUCACCAAAGUUUUAUUGCACAAAGACAUCAGAGCGCCAAGACUGCAUUGAAAUUUUUCAAAAUACUUUUUACCUCAAGUAUUUUCCCGUUCAUUCGAUCAACAAUCAUAUACUCGUUUAGUAGACAUAGAACAAAAUAAUAUUGCCUAUUAAGUGAUGGUUGAUCUGCUUGGAAUCGAUUUUUCAGUCAUAAGUAUGUGAAUCACUCGAUACAUCAUGUUUAUAUUUCAUGAUUUCAUUCAACGUUCAUGUUUUCAUAUUGUAUAUUUCUUUCCAUACAUUUGUUAUUUGUUCAUCAUGUUCUCAAGUGCAUUGUUCCUAAUAUAAGGGGAGAGAGAGAGAGAGAGAGAGAGAGAGAAAGAGAGAUAAUUGAAAUCACGUCAUCCAUCUUGCGUUGGUCCGCACGGCGCAGCAAAAAAGAAGCCACAUAAUUCGUAUUAUUAAUAUGUAUUCGUAUGUUGUAUAGUAAUUCCUUUUCAUUCCUCUAUCAUUUUUUCAACGUUUAUCUCGUAUCAUUUGUCAUUUUUUUUUAAUCAUUUAGGCGACACCGACUAGAGAGUUAGAAUUUAGUUAAGCGAUCUUUAUAAUGGCGGCGAACCUCUUCCACGAAGUCGUCGAUUAAUAUUUAAUGAAUAAUUAGGGAUAUUCCAUGUUUUCCAUUCUGACUGUUUCGAGUCGUAACGCAGAAUAUGAUUAACUAUGUAUUUCUGUAAGUCAGCAUUUCUAAUUUAUUUAAAACUCGUUAAUUCUGAGCUCCUUCUGUGUUAUAGCCUCAAAUGUAUUCUUUUUUUAAGAUUUUAGUUCUUGUUAAGUGUAACUUCUUAGCGAAUUAAUUCGAAUGACUAGUAAAACGCGAUACUUUCGGAAGAAAAUAGAUUUUUCUUUACUAAGUAUUUUUGCGGUUAGAUAUUUUAAUUUCUAUUCUUCCUGGACUUUGUACGAGAGUUCAACCGCCAGAACAAUGAAAGUAAUUAAGGAACUUGGUUAUUUGUUGCCACGUGGAUUUUAGGUAAAAAAUCUUCAAACAAAAUAUUUGCUAAGCAUAAUAUAAUAAUGUUAGAGUAUAUAACUUACAUAUUAUAUACAUAUACAAUAUAUAUAUAUAUACAUAUAUGUUGUCGAUGACGGCGACAACAGUGAUGACUACGACGAUGGCAUUAUUAUUACUGGUACUCGUAUAUUUUUCCAUUUACUGUUACAAUGAAAACAUUUUCCAUGAUGAAAAACGUUCUUGGCCUUACCUUAUAUUUUUAACUGUUCCAAUAGCAGUUUCAUAUAGUUGGUAUUUUAUGAAUUAUAACAGCUCACUAAGAACAACGUUCCAAUGUGAGUGCGUUUCAUGAUUAAAAAUUUUAUGACUGGGAUCUUUUCUAAUGUAGAGAUUAUAAUAGAUUACAAAAUUUCAAAUCUGCGUAUAAUUUACGAUAGCUUAUGUAAAUUCAUAUUUUUAUGUGUAUAUGGAUAUGAGAACUUCUUUCAUCCUCUAAAUAUUGUCGUCGACAUUUUGAAUGUUUUGUAUAUUUUUGCAUUAUAUACAUUUCCUACGAAUGCAUAAGGUCUGCAAUCUAAUUAUUAAUCAUUUAAUGUACAUAUCCGUGAUACACAUUACAUUUAAUUUAACCAAUAUUAAAAUUUAACCUAUAUAAAUUUUAUAAUAUGAUUAAUUUCACUGUUUAUUUUAUGAGCGAAAUGAAAAGAUUAACAAUUAUUACCUGUUGAUCUUCUCAUGAACUCUUUUUAGUUGUCAUGAUGAUAAAAAAGAAAAAGAGAAUCCUAACUUCAAGAAAGAUAUAAAUUAUAACACAUUUUAUUUCUUGAAGAUACAAGAUAUAAGAAUCGAGGAGAAAUGAAUUAGAACGUUGUUCUUAUGACAUUUAAAAUUCUUAAGAACGAAACCUAUAGUUUGACUUUCCACAAAAAUGAAAAUCGUUCCGAGUUAUCAGCUGAUGUAUUUGAAUACCACACUACUACCGUCAUCAGCGUUCAGUCAUUGCGAAGGCGAAACAGAAAGGGAGAAAAGGAAAACGAAGAAGAAGAGACAUUCAUAUAAUUUUAUCUAUUGUAAUUCAUCAUAAGUCGCAUAAAACUUUUUUCGACAAAAAAAAAAAAAAUCGAAGUGUUAUCGAUGUUGUGCAAUAUUAAAAUUUUAACGUCAUGCUGUUUAAGUCACAAUCGCUGGAUCAGUGUUUCUCAAAGGUACGAUUGAAGAAAAGGGAAAAGAUAAAUCUGGUAGUAGAUAAACAAAUGCCUUCGAUGUUAGAUAUCAAUGAUCUUUCGAAUGAAAGCGUAAUCUUAUUACGUAUUUCUUCUUUCGAGCAAUAGAGGAACAAAACUCUCGUUCUUUGUGAUUUUUGUCUUCGGCAGAGCGAAACGACGCGAAAGAACGUAACAAUUGUAGCGACUAGGUGCCAUAAAGAGAAUGUUAUUCAUAAUUAUAAUUAUCGAAAAUGUAACAGCUUAUAGCUACAAAACCACAGGUUGUGAUAGCCUUAUGUUCUUUCGAGCGUUAGCCGCUGCUAGAGAAUUUCGUCAAUUAAUAAAAAUACGCGAAUUAGUGAGGCGUGAGUUUCAUCUUCCAAGCGUUGUCGAGAAUCGUUGAGAGAUAUAUAGUUAGAUAAAAUCAUGAUUGAGAAGGUUGGGAAUCCUGUAACUUGCGUCCACAUGCAAACGAUAGCAAUAUAAGUAUCCUCCUGGAACGAGAGACAUAUCAUCGAGAUUAUCUUUUUGCGGUUUGAGAAACACUGCACUGGUACGUACAUACAUAUGUACGUUUAAAAAAAGAGUAUCGUGAGGGAUUUAUUCUCGGUGAGUGAUAAUUAUUGUUGCCCUCGCGGACCUAUAACAACAAUCUCUGUCAACUGGGAAUUAUAAUACGAUCGACGAUCGUGGAGAAAAAUAAAAGGAGAACGAGAUGAAACGAUCUAUGAAUAACUUAAAAAAAAAAAAAAAAAAAAAAAAAAAAAAAAAAAAAAACAGAUCGGUAUCUUACUCUAUAAAUGUUGGCUAUUGUUAAAUGUUGAAUAUUGUUCUGCGGAGGGCUUGCCUCCUUUUCGAACGAUGGAGCACGCUCGAAGCUUCGAAUUGACUGUUCAUUUUAAAGAAUUAUUUUAGUAGUUUUAUAGUGACUAUUAGACUGCGAAUAUUUAUAUAUUGAAUAUGUAUUAUAUAUUUAUGGAAAUCUCAAAAUGCAAAAUUACAUAAAAUAUUCGAAUUAUAGUGAAACAGAUCUUUGCUUAGAUUUCAUUUUCUUAAUUAUAUUAAAAAGUGUGUAAAUGCUUGUAGUCUAGUAAUCAUUAUUUCUGUUUUUCUUUUUGUUUACCUUUCUUAAUGGCGACGAAGAAGCAUUAUAUAUAUAUAUAUAUAAGUACAUAUGUAUGCGUAUGUUUACUAGGUUAUAUUUCUUAUAGAAAUGCGUUAUUUGUAAUAUGUAUAUGUAGGUAGAUUUACUAUUUUAGGGUGUUCUGAAAAUUCGUAGCGAAAGUUAAAAAAGAUAUAACUGGAAUUGGAUUUUUCGCAAUCUAUAAUUUCAAGUAUUUAUUUUUAAAAAAUUGUCUCUUCAGUAAUAGAUUUCCUCAAAUAGGUUUUACCGCUUCUAGAGUAUCUCACUUUUUUAUCUUUUGAAUAAGCUUUACAAAGAGCGCAAUAAAUAACAAUGAGACUAUACUAUAUUCAGUGAAUGAGACAAAGGUGUAUCUAUCAGUUAGACUCAAAAUUUCUUGAAUGUAUGAGAUUCAACAUCGUUUCAAUGAAAAAAGGAAACUUAUUUUAUUAACGAAUUUUCGGUGUUCCUCCUUAAUUCUCUCUAGUAUUCAACUAAGAGCAGCAAACGUUUCAUUAUUCAAUAGAAAUUUAUAAUAAAAACGCUACGAACUUUUUGAAAAAAGACAUUAUUUCAAGUAGUGUAUUUUAUGUAGAGGUUAACUUAUUUUCGAACGCAUAAAUUUCGUUCGAAACGACAAGCUCUCCGCAUUUUAAUUGUAAUCUAACUAUUUCGGGGUCGGGCCGACAUUGAAUCUAUCGCCCCCCGCAGUCACUGAGCAUCCUUGGUCUGGAAAACUCAAAUUAUAGAUGCUAUCCUUUUUUCCUCCUAUCUUGUGUAGUUUAGCUUUUCAUCGUUCUUCUAUAACCCACGGUUUUUUAUUCAAAACUCUUCCUUUCGAAUUUCUCGUGAUUCUGGUCCACUUAUAUUUUGUAAGCGUCAAAAUGUUUGGAAUUCAUCGAGAAACACGAAAGGAAGCGGGAUAUUUUUCUUCCUUUGUUCUUUUUGUAGGUUAUGUUUUUUAAAUUUCUUGUCUCUGAUCUCGUUUUCUUGUUAAUUUGUUUGGUUGUCCUUGACGAAGUGCGAAGAGACGACCAGUGGAUGCAACGCAGUGAUACUUUCAGACAAUACAUUACAAUUAAUUACACUUAUAUUAAUAAAUUAAUCUAUUAUGAUUAUUGAACUUCGAUCGAAGAGGAAUAUACGAUAUGUACUCGAUUUCGAUCAAUGCUAAAUAAUUAUUAUCACUAAUUAAGAAAUAAAGUGUGCUCUAUGUCAUGCUA